AUGCGGCAUUCAGAACGUCUUGAUCAUGUUGAGUUUGAUCCGGAGAUUGAACGAACCUUCCGUCAAAGACGUCGUGAACAGAGAGUACAAAGGGGACAACAACAGAGCAGUAUGGAAGACAACGAAAAUCAGCUUGUUCAAAUGGAGCGUGCUGUUGAGAUCAAUGAGAGAGAUAUCUUGAUGGGGGAUUUCAUGAUGCCCCCUGUUGUUGAGAACCGGUCAAGCAUAGUCUACCCUCCAUAUGGGCAUGAUAACUUCCAAUUGAGGCUGAAUCUGGCAAAAAUCCUAACAGAAAGGCAACCAAGCACGUGGCCAAGUAAUACGGAAGUUAACCCCAAGGAGCAAGUGAAUGCGAUCACAACAAGGAGCGGGGUGCAGUUGUCGGAAAUCCAUGUUAAGAGACCAAGUGUGGCAAAAGAAAAUGGUACAACUAAGGAGACAACUGAUCAAGAUGAUGAGCCCGGAGUAGUAGCUAGAAAAGUGAAGGUUGCUCUGCUACUGGUCAAGCCUUAUGUUCCACCUAUUCCGUUUCCUCAAAGGUUGCGCAAGCACAAGUUGGAUAAGCAAUUUGAGAAGUUCCUAGAGGUAUUCAAGAAGCUCCAUAUAAACAUCCCAUUUGUUGAUGCUCUAGCUCAAAUGCCCAGCUAUGUGAAAUUCAUGAAGAAAAUCUUAUCAAAUAAGAGGAAACUAAAGGACCAUGAAACCGUCAUGUUAACGGAGGAAAGUAGCGCCAUAUUGCAAAACAAACUACCACCGAAACUUGAAGAUCCAAGGAGUUUUACUAUUCCUUAUACCAUUGGUAGUUUAUUCUUUGAACGAGCUCUAUGUGAUUUGGGUGCUAGUAUCAACCGAAUGCCUUACUCUAUUUUCAGGAAGCUUGGAUUAAAAGAACCAACACCCACCACUGUUUUUCUUCAAUUGGCUGAUAGAAAUGUGGAGCAUGUGUUGAAGACAAUUGGAGCAAAAAGUAAUGAUGAUGUUGCAUUUUUGGAGUUAAAAUGGCAGUACAGACAAGGUCAAAGGUCCAUUCGGGGUCGAGGAUGA